AUGGCAGCCGCUGCAGCAGCUCUGGCACAAUCGGACCCCGCAAUGGCCAUCGACACCGACACCACCAACGACGAAAUUCUUCUCGCAGCCACCAACCACGACCUCGAAGCUCUCAAUCUCCUCUUUCGCAAAGGCGGCACUGCACGCAUCCAGGAUCCGGAGACGGGUUUCUCGCCCCUGCACGCUGCCAUUGCCUCGUGCGAGCCUGACUCCGACCUCACCGAAGAUGUCAACGCAGAGGGCGACGCUGUUCAUAGCAACGCUCUGUCCGAAGACUCCGCACUGGCCACUGUGAACCUACUUUUCGAGAACGGUGCAAUCUGGAAUGAGCUCGACAACAAUGACGAGACGCCAGGCUGUAUCGCAUUGCGUCUGGGCUUGAAGAGGGUGUAUGAUGCGAUCGUUUCUGCCGGUGUGCGGGCAGAACUGCUAUUCGGGAGGCUGGACGAAUACGAGCCGCUGGGUGACAACGAUGAGGAGGAAGAAGAUGGCCACGAUGAUGAGGCGAUAGUCGGCUUCGACCCUAUGCCUAGUGGACCUACUGGCAACAAGCCAACCUCGAAUGGCACGAGCAAUGGAGUACCACACGUCGAGGGUUUCGAGCCCACGCCGAACCCCUCAUACAAAGUCGAUGAUGCCGCUGAAGGCGCACUAAAUGGAACCGACUCGAGCGUUCCGCAAAUCGCCCAGACCGACGACACUGGCGAGGAGAAGACUGCUGAGUCGGGACUUGCCAACCCGAACGUCAACAGCGAAGAUUACCUCCGCUCAAAGUUGACAUACUCUGAAGGCCGCCUCCUUGAUUCUGACAAGAACGCCGUGAUGAUGGACUGGGAGACGGAGAUUAUGAAGGCAUCUGCAGACCAGCUCUGCCCAAAGAAAAGUCUUCGCACCAUGAACAUCGGCCAUGGCAUGGGUAUCGUCGACAGAAUGUUCCUCGAAAACGACCCUGAGAUGCACCACAUCAUCGAAGCACACCCGGAAGUCAUGCAGCAUAUGCGCGAGACCGGCUGGUACGACAAGCCCAAUGUGACUGUCCAUGAAGGCAGGUGGCAGGACGUGCUACCUAAGCUGGUCGAGCAGGGAGUUGUACUGGAUGCCAUCUACUACGACACGUAUGCUGAAGAUUACAAGGAUCUGAAGGAGCUCUUCACCGAGCAUGUCAUUGCACUGCUUGAUAGCAGCGGUAAAUUCGGCUUCUACAACGGCCUUGGGGCUGAUCGACAGGUCUGCUACGACGUCUACACCAAGGUCGUCGAACUGGACCUUUUCGAUGCCGGCUUGGAUGUCGACUGGACGACGCUUCAAGUUCCAGACCUUGCCAAGUCAUGGGAUGGUAUUCGGCGUCCGUACUGGGUCGUGCCGGAGUAUCGUCUCCCGACUUGCCACUUUGUCGGCUGA